GGGGGACACAGCAGGUUUUUGCUGCCACACGGUUUAUAUAAGAACAGAACUACCAACAUGAAACUUGCACGGGUCUUUUUGCCUCAAAAUAUAAAGUACCCACUCUCUGUAUGUUCAUGGAGCCCAACCUUCCGUAUGCAUUCAACUUACCAGCCCAAAAGGAGCAUCAGGGACUGUUAUGGACUUCUGGGUGUUUCAGAAGGGUGCUCUGAAGAUGAAGUCAGACAUUCCUAUAGGAAGUUAGCCAAGAAAUAUCAUCCAGAUAGCGGUGCCAUCACUGCAGACGGCAACAUGUUUAUGCAGAUUGAUGAAGCCUACAGAGACCUCCUGACACACUUGGCUCAAGAGUCAAAAAAAGCACAAUCCCUUGAAGAUGAUGAGGAGAAGACCUCGGAGUAUAAGGUACCCCAGCACAGGCAAUACUUGAGCUAUGAAGGAGUUGGGUACGGCACCCCUAGCCAACGGCAGAGGCAGUACGCCCAGUUUCGUGUAGACCGAGCAACUGACCAAGUUUUGGAUUUUCGAAAGAAAAAAUUUGAACGUGAGUACGCCGAGAACUCAAUGGUGGCAAAGGACAUCAGGCAGAGUAAAAAGGUGAAAAUAACUCAAGCCAUAGAACGUUUGGUGGAGGACCUAAUCCAAGAGUCCAUGGCAAAGGGAGACUUUGACAACCUCGGCGGCAAAGGAAAGCCCAUCAAUAAGUUUUCCACCUAUCCACAUAUCGACCCGAUGACUCACAACCUCAACCGGAUCCUGAUAGAUAAUGGUUAUCAGCCUGAAUGGAUCGUUCUGCAAAAGGAAAUACGAGAUACGAUCGAUCAGCUUCGAAGCGAGCUGGUAGCCUCUCGUAAAAAAAUCGGAGAGCUUAUGACAUAUUCAAAGGAAAAGGAAUGGAUGGAAACCUGUGAGAAUUUGAGGGAAAACAUAACAAAGCUAAAUAAGAAGGUGAAUGACUUUAACCUGGUUGUGCCCCUCAUGAGCCGACAGAUGGUCCACUUUAACGUCGAGAAAGAGAUUUCUCGAGCUCAGCAGGCCUACUGCGUUCUGAAAGAGGAAAUGGAAUCGGCAAUUAAGAUGGAAGCAGAGAAAAACACGGGCUAUAAGCAAACCAAGCCUAUGGAAAGCAUAUUCAAUUGGAUAAAUCAAUUUAAAAAAGUUUAA